UAAAGAAGAAGGCUUCAUAUAUCUUUCUUUUAAUAAUUGGUGCUAUUACACGUGCAAUGGACAUAAUAAAAUACAUCGUACACAUAUUUUUUGUAGGAAUAUUGAUUCCUGUGAUGGGAUACAAUAGCAUGAUUCCAAAGUAUCAAAAUAUAUUGAACGACGAAAAGAGUAAUAAUCAUCAAUUACAAAGAGAGAUGUUUAAACCAGAGGAAAAAUACGGUCUUGGUUUCAUGGAUAAAAUGAAAGUAAUUCAAUACAUGCAUGGAAAGGAAGUUGGAAAACGUAAUGAAAUGCCACAAUGGUUGGUUGAUGCUGACAAGGAAGACGAGUAUCUAGACAAUAAGAGUAGAAAAUGUCUGACAUCAUAUAAUGCAAUUGGAAAAUUAGAAAAAAAUUGUCAAAUAAUGGAAAUCCUGCGCUAGAGCAAAGAUGUGCAACUUUUAAUCCAAUAAAAAUAUAUGGAAAGAAAGCAAAUUUACAGAU